AUGCCUUGUUACUUUGAACCAGUGCCUACGUGGUCACCAACUUUUCUACCAUAUCUGGGUGGUAACCAAUAUCCAAUCAACAUACAGAAUGCUGGUUACUCAUUUCAACAUAUCAUGGAACAUCCAACUCCUAUCAGCACAAACUCUGCCACGAGCAAAAUAGUUGGUUCAAAUUCGGAUAAUAAAACUGAUGGGGGGGAAUCUGAAGCGCCAUGUGGAUCUGGUAUUGGUGAGAAAUCUCAGAAUGUCCAAGUGGUUGAUGAUGAUUCGAUUGAGGAGCCAAAAAGGGGAAUGGAGUUUAAUUCCUUUGAAGAGCUAUUAAGUUAUCAUAAGGAAUAUAGUAAAAAAUGCGGCUUUAGGGUGAUGAGAAAACGGAUUGAGAGGGAAGAAGAUAACUCUGUUAGAUACGUCACUCUUUCGUGUGCCCGUGGUGGGAAGUUGACGACAGUACAUAAUAUCCAUAACCAUGGUCUCAGUCCAAAGAAAUCCCGCUUCUUUCGGUGUAAUAGAGAAGUAAGUGAUGCCGUAAAAAGGGUCCUAGAUACAAAUGAUCAGGCUGGCAUCCGAGCGAAUAAGAGUUACGGAUCUCUCGUUGUUGGCGUGGGUGGAUUCGAGAAUCUCCCAUUUUUAGAAAAGGAUUGUCGUAAUUAUAUAGACAAGGCAAGACAUCUACGACUUGACGCAGAUCCCCGUAGUAGAGCAGCGUACCAAUAUUUUGGUGAUGUGGUCACAUUUGACACCACAUACCUAACGAAUCGAUAUGGGAUACCUUUUGCACCAUUUGUUGGUGUAAACCACCAUGGACAGUCAAUUUUGUUGGGAUCAAGGUUGGUCUCUAGCGAGGAUACCGAGACAUUUGCGUGGUUAUUUGAGACAUGGUUGCAAUGCAUGGAUGGUAACGCUGCGAAGGCUAUUAUCAUUGAUCAGGAUAGAGCGAUAAAAAAUGCAAUCGCAAUUGUCUUUCCAAAUACCCGGCAUCGAUUUUGUCUUUGGCAUAUACUGAAGAAAGUUCCAGAAAAGCUUGGUUCAUAUGGUUCCUACAAAACGGGGAUGAAAAAUGCAUUGAUGAAAUGUGUAUAUGACAGCCAACAGCCAGAUGAGUUUGAGAAAUGUUGGGAUGAGUUGCUUACCACUUAUAACUUGCAUGAGAAUGCGUGGUUGCAUAGCCUAUACGUUGAGCGUCAACAUUGGGUGUUGGCUUUUUUGAAGGACUGUUUUUAG